GUACGCCGUGCCGUAAAGGUCAAGAUUGGAGACGAAGAGUACGAUGAAGACCUUCUCGUUCAAAGCCGCAAGGACAACCUUCUACUCUUGGAAAUGACCUUUCUGAUAAACAACGAUGCACGCAUCCAUCCGCAGACUGGGAAGGUCGCUUUCGCUUCCGGCAAUGCCAACCAUGUCGACCAGUGGGAAGAAGAAGGUGAUCUGGAGGACGAAGAAGACACCUUGCGCGCAUUCACUGUCAGCUUCAGGCAGGAUGAGGAAGUUCCCCCGGCGCAUACAGGCAUAGGCUUGGAAGACUUGUUCGGCGAAGGCGAAGAAGAAGACUCGUCCGAGUCCCUUGAGGAGACACCAAAGGCGGUUUGUGAUUUUCUGGACGAAUCCAAGGACAUCUGGUUUGUUUAUUCAAUCCGCUACCUAGCUCCCUGUCAAUUUGAUGCAGGUUAUAUGGACUUUGCUCUCUUAUAUCAAAAAGACGUUUGUACGGCCCAUAUUUAUUUCGUUCUGUUACUUGUAAGUAAUAAACCUUCCCUUUUCUAUUUAUCUCCUCUGCUCUAUUUUUUUCAGAAGACACUUCACUGCUUCCUUUUUCAGAUUUGUUUCUUUAUCCUUCCGCCUCUGAUUGCAAAACUUCUCUCAUUUGCAAACCUUUCUCUCUAAGAAUCCAAACCUUUUCUACGGGAAGCGAAACAAGGGCUCAAGAGGGCAAAAGUUCCACUCCCUGUGAAGUUUAUUGACCGUCGGACCACUGCUCACUUCCUGUUCAACGAGAUCGUGUGUCGCCACGGAGUACCACAGUACAUGCCCACCGAUUGUGGGUCCAACUUCACUCGGUAUUUGUGAAGGAUUUCCUGAACACAGUGCAGUGCAAGUGCUUGACCACCAAGGCGUAUCGUCUCAAGUCAACAGUCUGUGUGAGAGGCUGAACCAGACUCUGGCGCAAACUUUCUUAAAACCUGCCUCCAACGGGAUGACAC